CCCGGCGCUGUCCUUCCGCGCCUGCUCUUGCCCAAAGCCAACCGCCUGCCCCGCUCCAAGCCUUGGCCCUCUCCCUGCCACGCCCCUGCUGCUCAUGAGCUCCGUCACGCAUCGGAAGCCCAAGUCGUCUGUGCUGCCCACCAAGGCGCAGCCGGCGUUCGACCCGGACUCCAAGUACGACAAAUUCAAUGCCCAGAAGGAUGUCGGCGUCCGCCAGAACCACAUCAACGUCGUCAUCGCCCUGACCAUCGUCGCGGCUCUGAUUCGUCUGUACCGCAUCUCAAACCCGAGCGAGGUUGUCUUUGACGAAGUUCAUUUCGGUGGAUUCGGUAGCCACUACAUCAAGGGCGAGUUCUUCAUGGAUGUGCAUCCGCCGCUUGGAAAAUUGCUGGUUGCCGCCAGCGGAGCUGUUGCUGGUUACAAUGGCUCGUUCUCCUUCAAGGACAUUGGAAUGGACUACGUCGAGCCCCGAGUGCCUUAUAUCACCAUGCGCCUCUUCCAGGGCAUCCUGGGUGUCCUGCUCGUUCCUAUUGCAUUUGUGACUAUGCGCAAUCUCGGCUACUCCAUGUCUGCUUCGAUUCUUUCUGCCUUCCUUGUGCUCUUUGAAAACGGCUUCGCAGCCCAAUCUCGCUUGAUCCUGCUUGAUCCGAUGCUCAUCUUCUUCACCGCCUUGACCGUGAUGAUGUGGACCGAGUUUUUGAUCCACCAGGACAGACCCUUCUCUGCCAGUUGGUGGUACAGCCUUGCCCUGACCGGCGUUUCCCUCGGCCUGGCCUCAAGCGUCAAAUGGGUUGGCCUUUUCCUGAUCGCCACCAUCGGUGUCGCCACGAUCGUCAAUCUGUGGAACGUGAUCGGCGACGAGUCCGUCAGCUUUUCCAAGUUUGGCCGACAUUUUGCUGCCCGCGCCCUCUGCCUGAUCGUCCUGCCCGUUGUUGUCUACGCCUUGCUGUUCCAAGUGCACUUUAUGGUCUUGUAUAAGUCUGGCAACGGAAACGGCUUCAUGAGCCCCGAGUUCCAGGCCACCCUCCAGGGAAACGAAGUUCCCGACACUUUCCGAGACGUUGGAUAUGGCUCUCGUGUCUUCAUCCGCCACCAUGGCACCGGUGGCGGCUAUCUCCACUCCCACAAGGGCGAUUAUCCCACCGGAUCCAAGCAGCAACACAUCACUUGCUAUCCCUUCCGCGACGAGAACAGCGAAUGGAUCAUCCGACCUGUUCUGACCACCGACGAACACGGUGCCCAAGUCGAGCCCAACAUCACUGAGUUUACCCGAAUCAAGCACAACGACAUCAUCCGCCUCGAGCACAUUGCCACCCACAAGCGCCUCCAUACGCACGACAUCAGACCUCCCGUCACCGACAACAAGGAGCACAACGAAGUCUCCGGAUACGGCGAUACGACCUUCCUGGGAGACGCGAAUGACCACUGGCGAGUCGAAAUCAUCGACAACAACGAGAAGGACCCCUACGUCUAUACCCUCGGCAAGAACAUCCGGCUGAUUUCUGCCAUGCAGGGUUGCAAGCUGUUUUCGCACAAGGUCAAGCUCCCCAAGUGGGGCUUCGAGCAGCAGGAGGUUACUUGCUCAAAGAAGGGCAAGGCUUCGCUCACCAGCUGGAGAAUCGAGGCGAGCCAGCAUGACUUGCUUCCUGCCAACGCCCCCAAGGUCAACUACAAAAAGCCAGGAUUCCUUGGCAAAUUCCUCGAGCUGCACAAGGUCAUGUGGGUCACCAACGCUGGCCUGACCUCGCCCCAUGCCUACGAGUCGCGACCGAAUGCGUGGCCCGGACUCCGUCGAGGCAUCAGUUUCUGGACUGGCAAGGGUGGCAACUCGAGCCAAAUCUACCUGCUCGGCAACCCAUUCGUGUGGUGGAUCGCUGCCGCCUCCUAUGUCGUCUUUAUUGCUUUCCUGGUCAUCCGUGCUGUGCUCGACAAGCGCGGCUACAUCCCCACGCGCGGCGUGAUUGCCGACUACUUCAACCAAGAGUUUGGCGGCGCAGUGCUCCUGCUCUCUGGCUGGGCCUUCCACUACUUCCCGUUUUUCUUGAUGGCCCGUCAGCUCUUCCUGCACCACUAUCUCCCUGCCCUGUACUUUAGCAUCCUGCUCGUCGGCUCGCUCUUUGACAUGGUCACUGUGCGAUUCCCGCGCCAAGUCAAGUGGGGCAUGACCAUCAUCAUCGUCAUCUUUGCCCUGCAUGUGUUCCGUCUCUUCAGCCCGAUCACAUACGGCACGAGCAUGACCCGAGAUCACUGCGAGUCCAUCAAGUGGCGAUCCACCUGGGACUGGGACUGCAACCGAAUCCCUCUGCACACCGAGACCCACGCGGCUGUGGUCCCUCCCACCUCCGACGCGCCCUCAGUCUCGCCUACCUCGGAUGAUGCCAUCAUCCCGGAGCAGAGCCCGGUCGACUAUUCGAGCGACAAUGAUGACGACGAGGACGAGGACGACUAGAUGGUUUGCCUUCCUUUCGCUUCCUUCGCGUCCUGACUCGACUGGUCGUAUUCUCCAGUAUUGGGGCUCGGGGUGGGCGGAGGAACGGACUCUUGCUGCAGGGAUCAAUCAGGAUGGAGAUGCGCUGUCCGUUGGUUAUGUAUGGAACGGCCCACAAUCACACGCUGACAUCUCAGCCGUAAUUGCCCAAGCAAAUACAAUCCUCAAACCAAA